UCAUGUGAGCAUGCACACACCUGCAGUCAGCUGACAUAAUGUCUGGGAGGAUAUCAUAGACUGAAGUUUAGUGGGGCAGCCAAGAUGGAUUAAGGUUUGCAUAAAAGACGCCGAACAGACGCAGUAUUUUCAAAUCUUAACAGAGGAGAAAAGCAGAGAAGAGUUAGAGAGCUUAGAUGACAUUAAGUAGAAAAACAGCAGUGCAAAACGUUGUAUUUUUUAUUUUUUCUAGACGUGAAAGAUUGCACAUCCAGAGGGACUAAUUUUUAUUUUUUUUUUUUUACGCUGCAUGUCUGAUGUGGUAACAACGAUAGCUCAAUUCACCAAGAUUAAACAAACAGGUCUGUAUGCAUUUCAAAGAAAUUCUGUUCAGAUGAAGUGCUCUGCGUCUUUCAAAUGUUUUAUCUUUAUGUUCGUGCUUUGCAUUUUCCGUGUGAUUGCGUCUUGAUUGCUCAUUUAUGUCUGUAUCUGCAUUUUCUAGCAUGCCUCUGUUUAUUUUGAGACGGACUCUGCUUUUUGCGUUAAUGGUUGGAGCCGUCUACACCUGUACCCUGAUGAAUCACACAAUAUGGCUUGAGAAGAAAAACUGUACCCAGUGUGUGGCUGUCAACACGACCAUAUGCAGUGGCUACUGCUACACGAGAGAUACCAAUCUGAAGGGCAGCUUUGGCAGGGCUUUCCUGAUUCAGCGGAGCUGUGUGCCCAUCUCCCUUGUGUACCGGGCUGUCUUCAUUCCUGGCUGUCCUCAGGAUGUUGGCUCACAGUUGUAUUAUCCCGCGGCCCGCUGCUGCAGCUGCAGGCGCUGUGACACGCGCACGCACCACUGUGUCAAACCCAGACCGUACUCUUACGACCAGUGCUCUGUGAAACUUGGUGGUGUGGAGAAACAGAAUCUGAAAUGUUUUGGAAACCUGACAACCUGCUCAUAAAAGCAAUGCACCUACAUGUCAAAUGGCAGUUAACUAGCUGACUGAGUCGUAUUUGUACUAGAUGGCUGUAGCGUUUUCUGUAGUUCGAUUGGAAACUGAUACAGCAACGAAGCCCUGUGUUGAACGUGUGCUGCAUCAAUAAAUAAGAUUGUGUAUGCACAUUAAUAAAUAAUUGUAAACGGACAUUACAAUUUCUGGACACUUUUAUUGUAUCAUUUUGCUUCUGUUGGACUUCAUGCUCAGUGCACUCAUAAAAACUUUAACACAUUGUUAAGUUUAGGGGGACACAAAUUUGCAUAUUUCAUAUCAGCACUACAGCAAAGGGUUUCACUGCCCAUGAUCUACUUAGAUACAGUGUGAGAUGCAUGCUUAUUGAGAUAAAUCAACAAGGUUGCUAACCCUUCCAGUCCAAAAUAAAGUUCAUGGCUUAAAGACACCAACAUACCCACAUUUAUAAGUGCACUUAGGCAAGGGGCAGUGUACAUCCUGGACCGUUUGUCAGUCCAUCACAGGGCAACACAAAAAAGACAUGGGACAGAUGACCAGGUACACAAACAUAUUCAUGGA